CCGCCGCCGCCGCCGCCAUGCCCAAGUGCCCUCGCUGCCAGAAGGAGGUCUACUUCGCUGAAAAAGUUACCUCGCUGGGUAAAGACUGGCAUCGGCCAUGCUUGAAGUGUGAAAAAUGCAACAAGACCCUGACUUCAGGUGGCCACGCAGAGCAUGAUGGGAAGCCUUAUUGCAACCACCCCUGCUACGCUGCAUUGUUCGGACCCAAAGGGUUUGGCCGUGGAGGUGCUGAAAGCCACACAUUCAAAUGAAGCUCAGGGCUCGAAGGAUGGGACUUGCAGUGGAUCCUGGCAGCUUCAAAAACAAUAUAGCCAUAAUGCAUUUUCCCCCUUGUAGUGAGCUAGCAUAUUUUAAAGGCUUUCCAAAGAGAUAUAAUUCUAAAUGGCUGGGAGAUUUCCUGUUCUGUAUCAGUUGAAAAAUAUUAUGUGCUAGCACUGGGAGCUUCCUGGAAACGAGCCCUAGCCAAAAAUACCUAAGCCUGCUUUCAGACCCUAUUUUCCAUGAAGGUGAUUCUGCCUUGAAUAAAUGCUUGAAUUAAA